AUGGACAAGACGCAGACAUAUCGCCUGAUAGACACACUGAACCAGGACCCCGACCGGUGCCGUGCCAUAGAGACAAUCUCGUUCAGCUUGGUCAAGACGUCGGUUGGCAUAUUUGGAUCGUUUUCUGUGUGUAUGGCCAUGAAGCUGCCUCGAAUCGAGCUGCUCAGACUCCAGUGGUGCGAGUGGGUGGCUGGGCAGCUGCACGCACAGGUGUUCGUCCAUAUAACUCUCGCGUUCGGGUCUGUGACCAUGCUCCAUCUCAACUUCGCGACAUUCCCUUCUGCUUUGGUAUUUGGGCGGCUUGUGCGAGCGCUCCCCUGCCUUUCCUUCCUUAGAUGCCAUCAUGUGAGCUUCGAGAGGCCCUACAAUGUAGCAAGCAUUGUGCAAGCGCGGCGUCCCGUCCGACUCGACACCAUCCAUCUGAUGGACAGCGAUGACGUUGUCGACUUCCUCGUGUCGAGUAGUACACAUCUCCGCCAUCUCUCCUCCUAUGAAUUAAACCUGAGUAAGUGCUCGGAGCUGCUCCCUGUGACUACUGAGUCGCUCUCGUCCAUGCACAUCGAGCUAGAGCGAAUUGGUCCCAGAGAAGCCUUUCCAAUUGAUUUCACCCCAGCUGUCAAUCUACGUAUCUUGUUGCUUACUGCCGAGCUCGAAGACAUGGUUAGGGCAGCAAAUAUCUUGUCUCGCGCGUCUCUUCCCAAACUGACCGAGGUCACAACCACGUUAACGCUCUACGAUGCCAGAUCGUAUUCAUCAAUUGUUCAGGACGCGCUCGAUAAAAUCGACAAAGACCAGUAUGCACGGAUUGACGAGGUUCUCUCCGGUCGUCAAUACCCCGCCCUACAAAAGGUUGCUUUCGAUCUCGUCUCCUACGUUCCACGCAGCAAAGUAAAGGAUGUCAUAUCCGAAGUCUCCUGGAGGAGUCAGCUUUCGUCAUGGUUUCCCGCGCUGCAUGCCAGUGGACGGCUCGUGUCCUCUGUGUCUGUUCGGGUAUAUGUGGGGGAAUAA